AUGCACCUCCAGUCAGCAGCAUUCCUCUCCUGCAGCCUCCAGUCAGCAGCAUUCCUCUCCUGCAGCCUCCAGUCAGCAGCAUUCCUCUCCUGCAGCCUCCAGUCAGCAGCAUUCUCCCCUGCAGCCUCCAGUCAGCAGCAUUCCUCUCCUGCAGCCUCCAGUCAGCAGCAUUCUCCCCUGCAGCCUCCAGUCAGCAGCAUUCCUCUCCUGCAGCCUCCAGUCAGCAGCAUUCCUCCCCUGCAGCAUCCAGUCAGCAGCAUUCCUCCCCUGCAGCAUCCAGUCAGCAGCAUUCCUCUCCUGCAGCAUCCAGUCAGCAGCAUUCCUCCCCUGCAGCAUCCAGUCAGCAGCAUUCCUCCCCUGCAGCAUCCAGUCAGCAGCAUUCCUCCCCUGCAGCAUCCAGUCAGCAGCAUUCCUCUCCUGCAGCAUCCAGUCAGCAGCAUUCCUCUCCUGCAGCCUCCAGUCAGCAGCAUUCCUCCCCUGCAGCCUCCAGUCAGCAGCAUUCCUCCCCUGCAGCAUCCAGUCAGCAGCAUUCCUCUCCUGCAGCCUCCAGUCAGCAGCAUUCCUCCCCUGCAGCCUCCAGUCAGCAGCAUGACCGAGGCGACCUAA